GCCACUCCAGCUGUCCGGCGACCCCUAUCCCCCACCCCGGUGCCCAUGGCCGUGCCGGGACCCCGCACCUUUCGGGGUCUGUGGAGCUGCUGCUGCCUCCUCCUGUGUGCCCAGCUUGCUGUGGCUGGUAAAGGAGCUCGAGGCUUUGGGCGGGGAGCCCUGAUCCGCCUGAACAUCUGGCCAGCUGUCCGAGGAGGCUGCAAACAACUGGAGUUUUGUGAGCAUUGUGUGGAGGGGGACAGAGCGCACAACCUCUCAGGCUGUGUGUGGGAACAGUGUCAGCCAGAGGAGCCAGGACACUGUGUGGCCCCAGCUGAGGUGGUCAAGGAAGGUUGCUCUGUCUAUAACCGCUCAGAGUUGUGUCCAGCUGCCCACCACCACCCCACUGAUGAACCAAAGACGAUCACAACAGGGAGCCCCUCCAUCCCCGAAGCCCAUAGCCCUGGCUUUGAUGGGGCCAGCUUUAUUGGGGGUGUUGUGCUGGUGCUGAGCCUGCAGGCAGUAGCUUUCUUCGUGCUGCGCUUCCUCAAAGCCAAGGACAGCACCUACCAGACACUCUGAGAGCCUCCUUCAACCACCUGGUGUCUCAUCCAUCAUCCCUGCUGGGCAACCCAGACACCUGAAUUUUGUGCCUGUUUCUUCUCACCAACCUGGCCUAGGCACUGUCCCCAAAUAAAGGAACUCCUUC